AUGGAAGUCGCCCACGCGGGCAAGACGUCCUUGGUCGAUCUCUUGUGGACCCCCGCGACAUAUCGGCCCAAAGACAAAUCCCUUUUACCGACCACUAAACUAACCAUAUUUCACUGGGACAAGCUACGUCAAAACCAUCACGACACUCACAAAUUUCACCCCCGCACGCCAUUAACAGCACUAAAAGCAAUAUCACCUUGGCUCUCCCUACACUCAUGGGUCAAACUGGGAAUUACCCACAUAGAACAAGUCCUGCACGAAGGCCUCAUUAAACCCUUCCCAGAACUGCAGGAGGAAUUCAAACUUACUAAUUCCUCAGUGUUUCCAUACCUGCAACUUAAAAGUGUACUCCCCACGCACGUUACACAGAAUCCACUGCUUAAUGACCCAGACUUCAAAGACAUAGCAUCACUAUACGACAGGUGCUGGAAAACUCCUACCAAACCUAAGUCAAUUUCCCUUUGCUAUCAGCUAAUCCUCAGGGCUACACCCAUGGUUAUCCCUAACUUUGUAACCCAAUGGCUCGUUGAGGGCGCAG